AUGGGCGAUUUAUUACCAGUCCGGUAUUCACCACGAGGUCAUCGAACAGCACCCGAAUUACUCUAUUUUAUCCACAAAGUCACUUCACAGGCUCGUAUUUCGUGCCAUAUUGCCGUAGUCGCCCUUAUCUACAUUGAACGCUGCAAAGAAGCCUUACCAAGACAUGCAGUAGGCAACCAAGAUACUGCACAUCGAAUUAUUGUAGCCUCUCUCUUAAUUGCUUCCAAAUUCUUACAUGGCACUAGAUGGGCUACAUGCCAACAACAGCCGCCGAAAGAAAAUUCAAAUUCACAAGACGAAGAUGAAGACGAAGAGGUGGAUUUGAGACUCUGUGCAGAUGAAGAUAAACCUUGUUGGUUAACAAAUUGUCGAAUGGCUGGAAUAUGUGGCAUGUAUAGCCUUGAGCAAGUCAACCAGCUCGAGAGAUCAUUCCUCAAUCUUAUCCAACAUCGGUGUUGGGUUGAUGCUGGUGAAGUCCAGGCUUACCUUAUCAGACACCGUCAAGAUCUUCUGCUCUGA